AUGACGGACCCCUCCGGGCAGCCAGAGUGCCCCCAUUCCUGCUCUCCCAGCCCUCAGACACUUUCCCUGCCCAGUCGCCGCCCUCCGCUUGGCGGACGCAGGCGCGCCUCCCCGCCCGGUGCUGAGGGGGCUUCUUCUCCACCCCAGAGGGCGCGCUUGCCUCGCACAGGACGGCGCGCUGGCCGGGUAAAGAAUCCUCUCUUUCCCUUCAGAAGCGGAGACCGAAGGGAAAGAGGGAAAAAAUCACCGCGCGGCUCCCGCUCAAGGUCACUCCGGGCGGCCCCAACCCAGCAACGUCAACCCCCGACGCCGAAGGGAGGCGGCCCGGCUGUCGGCCAGCGGCGCAGCGCCUCACUCCGCGCCCCCCAGCGAAGAGAAGGCGGCGCUCCUCGAGCCGCUCUGCUUGGAGCUCACAUUAAAAAGAAACAAAACAUAAAUUUCGUCCAGGAGUCUUCUGUCAAUGAAGAAGAACAGCUGGAUCCUGAAUCAUUUCAAGUUACAGUGGGUGAUACUGUAAUGGUAUUCCCACCACCGCCACCACCUUAUUUCGCUGACUGUCCACUGCAAACAAUAACUCCUAGCGUGGUAACAAGUGAUUUGCCUUUAAGUGAAAAUCCUCCACCGUACCACAGCACUUUUAUUAAUUGAGCACAGAAUGCUGAUGCAUCAAACCUGGUUGCUUGAAGAGAGAAUGAGCUACUGUAUACAAUGUCAGGAUGUGAUUCACCUUCUGAGAACUUAAUCCACACUCUCUCAUCCCUCUGAGCCAUCUCAAAAUUAUAAGGGCAAACGAGCAGCUGUAAAUAAUGAAUGUGUCUUUUCUUCCUCUCCUUACAUCACCCAGAUGAUCCAUUGGCAUCCGCUUUGAACCAGCUGUAAGAAAUACUCAAGAGGGAAGGUGUAUAAAAGGGGAGAGAAAGAGGACUGUUAAAUUACAGGGUGAAAAUAGCCUGGAAGAGAGAUGGAGGAGCUUUGAGCCAGCAAGGAGAGCAGCAAGCUCAACGGGCAUGAAAGUAGAAGGCCUACCAAGCCAAGACUUCUGUUACUGGAAAACGAAGCCAAGGCAAUCUUCAGAGAAAUACUUGGGACACGAAGGACCCAGCACCUUAACACCUCUUCAUUUGGCACCUUGUAUGUAACUGGAAUACCCAAAGCAAUGUACGUCUCAAGUCAAGUCAGCUACCAUCUGAACAUAGUGCUGUGGCACACAUCUAGCAGAAGGAGGGGGAAAUCUGGUGGCUUUGUCGUUCUGUUUCCUUUUCCCUUUUUCUUUUUUGGCUGUUGACAAACUCAAAAGUAAAGACUCUGGAGACCUCAGAGCACUGAGUAUGUUGUGUGUGUGUUUGGGCUGACCCUCAUGUUAACAAAUUGUACAUGUGAGAUUUUCAGUUGAUUAAACAUUAUGGCACAAUUUA